GUGUGUGUGUGUGUGUGUGCGGGUUCUCAGACGCGCGCGGUGUUUCACACUUCGCGGUUACGCGCGUGGGAGUCGGAGUGGGAGGAUUGUCUCGAGGACUGACUGGCUGCUGGUGCGAGGGACAGAGAUAAGAGAGCGCAGAGCGCAGUAACGGAUCGGACAGCGUGUUUUUGCGCGAGACGUUAAUACCUAAAGCACCGGCUCUCGGUGCUGUGACCGUUUCAUCACCGCAGCAGCAGCAGCUCGUGGGUCCACUGAUCGACAUUACCGAGGACAGCUCGCGCGCCUGUGUGCGUCUGUGUGUGUGGAUAUAUGCCAUGUACACACAACUACAACCGGGCAGCGCGCGACCUUUAACGGAUCAUGGGAAGAAAUUGAGCGUUUGCGAAAGGUUGCCAUAGCGACGAACUCAUGCCCCAGCAUCCAUGGCCUCUCCAGCGAUUUCCGGAACUACUGGAACUAUCACCUGUAUGUGUGUGUGAGUGAGUGUGAAAUGAGCCUGAACAGCAGCAAGCCGCAAGGGUGACACACCUGAGUGACACACACACACACACACACACACACACACACACACACACACACACACUCACAUCUGCUGCUUAAAACCACCUGCCUUAUUGUGUCCUUACAAUGGCUUCUUCCACUCAGCCUCAAGCACACACACUCUUAAUUCACACGGCUGAUACACGCUACAGGGUCUGGAAGCCCGUGUUGUCGAGCUCGUCACGUCCGUCCUCGCUGAGAGGCAGAAAGACAGGAGUAUAGCAGGAGUAUUACUUUUUUUUUUUUUGCUUCUGUCCAUCCUCGGGUCUCUUUUUUUUCUGAAAAUGGCCUGCUCUUUUUAAUCCCCUUCACGUAGAGGUGAAAACAGACGAUUUUUUAGAAUCAGCAGUCCACUUUCUCUGUCGAACCGUAAUCGUUUUUGCAGCUCUCGCUACGACCGAGAGACAAAAAAGAAAGGCCAGAUUUUUUUUUUUUUAACGUUUAUUUUUUGGUGCACUGUUUUUUUUCUCAGAAUGGACGGCAUUGUGCGCGUCCUUGCGCUCGUGACCGGGAAAGUUCCUCAGUUUUGUUAAAGACGAAAUACAAACGCAGAAAGGAGGACGUUUUAAGAUGGCUGCCGCAGUUCUUCCCCUCUUCCUGGUUCUGACGUGUGUCCCGCUCUUCCUGUUGUCCCUUCAGCCAAACGAACGUCGUGUGGUAGCCUACGUGCCUGGUGACUUGAUCAUCGGUGCUCUGUUCUCUGUCCACCACCAGCCAGCGGCAGACCGUGCACAUGAGCGCAAGUGCGGUGCUGUGCGUGAGCAGUACGGCAUCCAGCGUGUUGAGGCCAUGAUGCUGACACUCGACCGCAUCAACGCCGAUCCAGACAUCCUGCCCAACGUCACGCUUGGCUGUGAGAUACGUGACUCCUGUUGGCACUCCGCUGUCGCGCUCGAGCAAAGCAUCGAGUUCAUACGCGACUCGCUCAUUGCCGCCGAGAGCCCCACGGCCUCUCCGCUCAAUCCCGUUUCCGAAGACGCGCCACCCGGGGGCGGAAUUAAAUGUUCCGAAGGCCUGCCCCCGAAGGGAAAGAAGCCAAUCGUUGGCUUGAUUGGACCUGGCUCAAGUUCGGUGGCCAUUCAGGUACAGAACCUGCUGCAGCUGUUCAACAUCCCUCAGAUUGCUUACUCAGCCACCAGCAUGGACCUGAGUGACAAAUCGCUGUAUAAAUACUUCAUGAGGGUCGUGCCAUCUGAUGCGCAGCAGGCCAGAGCCAUGGUGGACAUCGUCAAGCGCUACAACUGGAGUUACGUCUCCACCAUUCACACAGAGGGUAACUAUGGUGAAAGUGGAAUGGCAGCUUUUAAAGAGAUGGCUCUGAAGGAAGGGAUCUGCAUCGCACACUCCGAUAAGAUCUGGAGUAAUGCAGGCGAACAGAGUUUUGACCGUUUGUUGGCGAAGCUGCGCAGCCGUCUGCCCAAGGCCCGUGUGGUGGUGUGUUUUUGUGAGGGCAUGACCGUCCGCGGAAUCCUUAUGGCCAUGAGACGUCAGAACCUCUCUGGGGAGUUCAUGCUCGUUGGCAGGUCUGAGACUGCAAAGCGUCAUCGACAUCUUCAUCAUCAUCCUCAUCGUCAUCCUCAUCCUCAUCUUCAUUAUAUAAUAAUCCUGUGUACAAAACUGAAGGAUGCCUUGAUGCCUGUGUGGUCUCAUAAGACUAUAAAGGUAUGUGUAAGAAUGCGCUUUGAGGCGGGCUUUAAAGGCAGCACCAACACUUCACCAUGUUGCUAG